AUAUGAACCAUUAUUUCCUACUGGAAACUGUCACGUUUAGGGAAAUGGCGUCAAAAGUAACCAGGAACUUCCGUCUCCAGACGAUGCAUUUUAUCCUCCGUUUUAUGUUUUGCCCUUAAGAAACAUGGGCGGACAACACUUCCUGUUUGGAUAUUUUGCUCUCAAGAAAGUUAGUGCUUGGAGAGCGAGCUGGGAAUGCCUGAGCUUGAUGAACAAUAAUCCCUGCGCUUAAAUUUGAUGGACGCCAGGGACAAGCAGGUUCUGCGCUCGUUGCGCCUGGAGCUUUGUGCGGAACUGCUGGUGGAGGGCCUUGUCAUUCAGUACCUUUACCAAGAAGGCAUUCUGACAGAAAGCCAGUUGCAAGAAAUAAGGUCCCAAGUCACCAACCACAGGAAAACCAUGAUGCUCCUUGACAUCUUACCUACAAGAGGGCCCAAGGCUUUUGAGACUUUUCUAGAUUCCUUACAGGAGUUUCCAUGGGUGAGAGACAAGCUUGAGGCAAAGCGCAAUGAAGUUAUGCUAAUGGCACUUGAUGAUGAUGAGAUACCUGGAAUUUCUCGAGACGCUUUGAAGAUUCCACCAACAGAUCAGCAGAUCAACAAGCUUGCUAGGAGACUUGGACCUGAAUGGGAGUGCAUUGUAUUGUCCCUGGGAUUGACGCAAAAUGACAUUUAUCGUUGUAAAGUCAAUCACUCAUACAAUAUCCAGUCACAGAUUGUGAGCGCAUUCAUUUUAUGGAGGCAGCGCUUUGGGAACAAAGCUACCGUGGAGAGCCUGUGUACUGGUUUGAAGUCAGGAGAAGUGGAUUCUUCUGUGAUCCAGCAGAUGUUCCAGUGAACCCCUAGUGUGACUGGAGGCUCAAAAGCAUCCUCUGUAUGAAAUUGAAUCCAACAUGUUCGCACAACUGCAAACCGGAAAACAUUUGGUGUGCUUCAGUCCCUUUUGAAAUGGAUAUAAGCAUGCAGCUGAAGUAGGCACUCAUGAGGUAGCACUACAGGUAGGAAGAAGCGGCUGCCAUUGGGCAGCAAUUGGGCCAGAGGAGCUCCCACAGCCUUUGCUCCAUUUUAAUCAGCCCCAGUGGUCAGGGAUGAUUUAGUCCAGCAUCCUAUGUGUGGGAAACUGAGCCAGAUGGGCAGGGUAUAAACAAACAUGAUGAUGAUGAUGAUGAUGGAGAGCCACAAGUUCCCAUCCUUGCAUUAGGAAAUGCACAGUGACAGAGGCAGCGCUUCAUGGAAUGCUCCCAACCAAUGAGCUGCCAUGCACCUGUGUAGUGCGGCAUGGGCAUACCCAGGAUCAAAGCUAGGGGGGCACACCAGCCACGCCCCCCAGCCACCCAAUUGUCUAGCUGGCAAUGACGUGGCCAGGAUCCCCCCAGGAGGCAUGGUCAACGUGCACCCCCCCAGAGAAAAGGGGGCCGUUUGCAAGGCAGCACACGGAGCCACCCGCGCUUGCACUCCUGCCUCGCCCGCUCCUUUAAUGGCAGCGGCACUUCAUUUGCAUGUAUGCAGAUGAGGUGCCGCAGAGCAUUGUGGGGCAGCACUUUCUGUGCUGUGCUCACUGUGACUUGAAGGAGUGUGGGCUGAAGUUAGCCCAGGUCCAGGUCCAGGUUUUUUUCAACGGAGGCAGCUUCGCUGCUGCUGCCAUUUCGCUUCAGCCAAGCAGGCUGAGGCGGAGCACAGCAGGCAGCGCCCCUGCCUGUCCUCUCCAGUUGUCCUGCUUCUAGGGGAGGGCAGCUGCCCCCCCUGCCCCAUGCUGGGUACGCCCAUGUAGUGCGGUGCCAAGUCUAAACACUCCUUGCCUCAUUUCCAGCCUCACAUUUCCUGUCAGUGAUAUCUGGAGGCUCCUCUUCCACACAGCUGACACCCAGCGGCUGCAACCAUUUCUUAUCCAUUGUACUAACAACUGCAGCUGUCAACGUUUUGUUUAUAAAGUAGAAGGGCUGACAGAAAUAAGCAUCCGCUUGUAGGAGCUUACAGGUGAAACUCAAAAAAAUUAGAAUAUCGUCGAAAAGUUCAUUUAUUUCAGUAAUUCAACUUAAAAGGUGAAACCAAUAUAGGAGAUAGACUCAUGACAUGCAAAGCAAGAUAUGUCAAGCCUUUAUUUGUUGUAAUUGUGAUGAUUAUGGUGUACAGCUGAAGAAAACCCCAAAUUCACAAUCUCAGAAAAUUAGAAUAUUAAAUGAAAUCAAUAAAACAAGGAUUGCGAAUAGAACAAUAUUGGACCUCUGAAAAGUAGAAGCCUGCCUAUGUACUCAGUACUUGGUUUGGGCCCCUUUUGCAGCAAUUACUGCCUCAAUGCAGUGUGGCAUGGAUGCUAUCAGCCUAUGACACUGCUGAGGUGUUAUAUUGCAUUUAACAUUCUAAUUUUCUGAGAUUGUGAAUUUGGGGUUUUCUUCAGCUGUAUGCCAUAAUCAUCACAAUUACGACAAAUAAAGGCUUGACAUAUCUCGCUUUGCAUGUCAUGAGUCUAUCUCCUCUAUUGGUUUCACCUUUUAAGUUGAAUUACUGAAAUAAAUGAACUUUUCGACGAUAUUCUAUUUUUGUGUGUUUCACCUGUAUGUGCCAAAAGCUACUAAAAUGGUACCUUGGUUUUCUAACGUCUCUGUUGAUGAACAUUUCGGUUUUCGAACGCCAUAAACCCAGAAGUAAAUGCUUUGGUUUUCGGGCAUGCCUCAGAAGUCGAACAUGCUGAGUGCAAGAUCCUGAGGCCUAGCUGUCGGCUUUUGAGUUUUUGGUUUUCAAACGUUUCAGAACUUGAAUGGUCUUCCGGAAUGGAUUACAUUUGAAAACCGAGGUACCACUGUAUACAUUACUUAGCCUUCUUCAGGCAUUCAGUUUACUGAUGUAAAUACAAUCACAUGAGGAAAGAGAGUAGGGACACAUUUUGCCUUCCAACGUAAUGCUUUCCCCCCUUUCUUAUGGCUGUCUACCAUAAGGAUGAAGGUCUGAAGUGGUAUACAAGUACAGAAGCCUUGCCACUUCAGAACUUCACUGUUGAACUCAAGGAGGACUAUAAAGAAGGGGAAAACAAUACUUCAGAGAAAGCAGGAUUUGCCAGCAUGCCUCUAAUUCCCCAUCCAUGGUUGUCUUCAGAAUCUGUGAGACGUUAGGAGAAAUGUCCUAGGCUCUGAGCUAGAUCAUCAGUGGGAAAACCUGCUUGAAGUGCUAGCAGGUACUAGGGGGUGUGCUAAAUGUAAAUGGCCGUGUCUUAGGACAGAGACUUGAUAUUCACUCACACUUGCUGGAGGUCACUUCAAACCCUGUGAAGAUUAACACGGGCAAAGAGAGCUCUGUUUUGGAAGCUGUCACACAGCUUCUUCUGGAAUAGAAUUUAGUUCCAUCCAGCCAGGAAGACAGCUUCCUGUUGAUUCAUAUUGUCAGUAUAAUAGAAGCAGAGUUAUAUCCCUGUAACAACACUCUGUGGCAACUUGAAAGGUCCAUGCAGUAGGAAGGGCAAAGAAAGUUGUUGUUUCUCAUAUAAAUGUUCCUGGGGCUCAGGUGACUGCGUCGGAGAGCUGUUUCAUUCCAGAUUUAUUCAAUUUUAUGGACCACCUUUCUGCUUUACUAUCUACAAAAGCAUAAAAUGAAAUCCUAAAAUCCUAUUACAGUGGUACCUCAGGUUACGUUACCUUCGGGUAACGUAAUUUCAAGUUACGAACACGGCAAACCCGGAAGUGUAUACUUCCAGGUUUUGUCGUGUGUGUGUGCGCAGAAGUGCUCUAUUGAACCGCGUGGCACCUCCGGAUACCGAAUUUUCAGGGUAAGUACGGACCCCUGGGAUGAAUUAAGUUCAUAUCCGGAGGGUCUACUGUAAUACAUUUAUAAAGAGAGCAGCAAUAUAGAAUGGCCAAUAUUUUUGAAAUGUUUUGGAUUUGUUGAGGCUCAAAAUAUCCAUUAAAAGGCAUGGUUGAAAAUAAUGGUUUUAGUCUGGUGCCUGAUUAGUGCUAAUGUGGGUGUUUCUCUGUAUGGUUGAAGGUUGUUUCUCAAAUUCUAAGUCCUGUGGUGUGCCCAGAUGUGCCCAGU